UUGGUGGGGCUUCUAGGACGAGGACAGCAGAGUCAACUUCCUUCUCCGGGUUUUCCUUCUAGUUUUGCGCCCCUUUUCCACACUAAAAUCCACACUCCGCGCCAUAGUCCCUUUGCUCAAUUCCCCCUGUUUCCCCCAAAACUCCAAAAAGGGACGGACAGAAAGUACGAUAUCGAGUUUCCGAGCGGUUCCACGAUAGGGUGUGCCUUGUAAUAUCCGGCUGUUGUGCUCGCCCCAUCGCACCAGAACAUAAAGGACGCAAACUCCUAGCGCGAAGCGGUGUGCAUCGAUAGCGAAACCAGCGCUCUAAAACGGGAAUCAUGGAUUUGAAAGACAAAGCCGCCCUUGUGACCGGGGCAGCCACCGGAUUGGGGCGAGCCAUUAGUGAGGAAUUGCUUAAGCAUGGAGUGAAGGUGCUGAUUUGUGAUCUGGAUUCGGAUGCCGGUAUGCUGACCGUUGAGCAGCUGGAGAAACAGUAUGGAUCCCGAGUGCUGUUUCGUUACUGUGAUGUCACGGAUUGUUCGCAGUUCGAAGAGGCAUUUGAGUACGCCACGAGCACGUUUCAAAAGGUCGACAUAGUGAUAAACAACGCCGAGAUAAUGAACGACAACUUUUGGGAGCUGGAAGUGGACGUUAACCUGAAUGGUGUGAUUCGAGGCACAUUGUUGGCACAAAAGUUCAUGGGAAAACCGAACGGCGCCGGUGGAUUGCUCGUUAAUAUCGGAUCCAGUGUCAGUGUCACACCGCAACUUUGUACUCCGAUUUACACGGCCACCAAGCAUGCCAUCCUGGGGCUGACAAAGGCUGUCGGAGAUCCUUUCCACUACAACAGCACAAAGCUAAGGGCCUUCGCAUACUGCCCGGGGCCUAUGGAGAGCUCUUCCUCGCACAAAAAGCGCUUCAUGCUCCCGGCCUACGAUAAAGCCAAAGACCACGACAUGACGGGUGUGCAGCUGCAAACGGUUGAACAUGUUGCCAAAGAAUUGAUACCACUACUCAAGAAGGCUCAAACGGGGUCCAUUUGGAUGGUCGACGGUGGCAAACCAGCGAAAGAGAUUCCGUUCAGCAGUUUGGGAUAGGAUGCCCUGCCGGGACUUUGGUGUAGGCUUCAGCAAGGCCAUAACGAACGCCACAUCUCAUCUAAUCAUAACGCAUCAACUUGAUAAUCCUAGCUGCGCUCUGCAGUCUCAUUUCGAACACGCAAACCAACUCUGAUAUCGCUAAGCCAUCUUCUUGUGUCCUCAACACCAUCCUGCUAUAUAGUUAAGGCAAUUCAUACACUCAAGUAUUAUUAUCAAAACAUCUUCGUAGACAUCGCUUCUCGCAUGAUCCAUCGAUAUCUCUGUACACAAACCAUCGCAUAAGACCAUGCUGGCCACCGUACCAUUUUGAAGGUGCUGCUGCGCUCCCAAUAUGCUUUCGCGUUUAUCCCAACAGCAUAACAAUUGUGUUGCAUUUCGAUGUGACAAAAACCAUUUGAGAAAAAUUUACGCUUUAUUCGUAACAUUUGAGGUACAGGAUGCUAAUUUUGUAAAACAUG